CCCUCUCCCCCUCUCUCUCUCUCGUCAAAACCAAAUCAACCCUUAAACAGUGGCUCUUUCACACUGCAUAGUCACUCGCAACUCCAAUCCGAUCCCUUUCACUGUCACCGACAAACCCUCCAAAUUAAUUCCACUCUUUCAAUCGUCGCAAAAAUCAACCAAUUCCGAUGCACGAUAUGUUCGGCUCCGUCCGCCGAUCGCUGGUCUUCCGAUCGCCUGACGGCGAUGGAGAUGAAGGCAUCGUCGGCGGGACACUCGUCGAUAAGAUUAAUUCAUGCCUUCGCAAGUCCAGAGUCUUCUCCCGACCCUCGCCGCCGCCACCAAUGGCCAGGGACGAGGCUCCUCCCAUCCGCUGGCGGAAAGGCGAGUUGAUCGGUUGCGGCGCUUUCGGCCAAGUCUACAUGGGGAUGAAUCUAGACUCCGGAGAGCUUCUCGCCGUCAAACAGGUGUUAAUAGCGGCGAACGGAGCCUCGAAAGAGAAAGCACAGGCUCACGUGCGGGAGAUAGAAGAGGAAGUGAAGCUUCUUAAGAACCUUUCUCAUCCAAACAUUGUUAGAUAUUUGGGAACUGUUACAGAGGAGGAAACCUUGAAUAUUUUAUUGGAAUUUGUUCCUGGAGGAUCAAUUUCAUCACUAUUGGGAAAAUUUGGAUCUUUUCCAGAAGCUGUUAUUAGAACGUACACCAAGCAAUUGCUAUUGGGAUUGGACUAUCUUCACAAUAAUGGAAUUAUUCACAGGGAUAUAAAGGGUGCAAACAUCCUUGUUGACAAUAAGGGAUGCAUUAAACUUGCAGAUUUUGGCGCAUCCAAGCAAGUUGUUAAGCUGGCUACUGUUUCAGGUGCCAAGUCGAUGAAGGGUACACCAUACUGGAUGGCUCCUGAAGUCAUUCGUCAGACUGGUCAUAGCUUCUCUGCUGAUAUAUGGAGUGUUGGCUGUACUAUGAUUGAAAUGGCGACUGGCAAGCCUCCCUGGAGUGAACAGUACCAAGAGGUUGCUGCUCUCUUCUAUGUUGGCACAACAAAGUCUCAUCCACCUAUCCCAGAACACAUCUCUGAUGAAGCAAAAGAUUUUCUGCUGAAAUGCUUACAAAAGGAGCCGGAAUUGAGGCCAACUGCAUCUGAGUUGCUCCAGCAUCCUUUUGUUACUGAAGAGUCCAUGCAGUAUCCUUUAUGUACUUCAACCAUGGAAAAUCCUGAAACUACUGACCCAUCAUCCAGGACAAAUCAGGAAAAUUACCUUGGCACAAUGGAUAUCUGUAAUUUGGGUAGUCUGAACUGCUCAAGUUUGAAGUUUGACAAAUUAUCUGGAAGUAGAGAUAUACAGAGAACAAAUAAUAGUGAAGAUGGCACGUGUCAGAUUGAUGAGAAUGAUGGCUUUAUGUCGGGUAGAGAAGUAAAGUUGAACUCAGUUUUGAUGCCUGACAAUUUUGAUGAGAGUUUUAACCCUAUGUCCGAGCCUUUUGAUGACUGGAGGUGCAAAAAUGACAAGAGUACCGGACAAGAUGAAGAUGGAUUGAAUUUGGACAAGAGUAUUGGACAGAGUUACCAGUCAGUUGUUAAACUGACUGGUAACUCUGUGCCAUCUGGAAAAGGGAGCAGUGAUUUCUCAUUUCACUGUGGACCAUCACUAUCUGAGGAUGAUGAUGAGGUUACUGAGUCUAAGAUAAGGGCUUUUCUGGAUGAUAAGGCUCUAGAACUAAAGAAACUCCAGACGCCAUUGUAUGAGGAGUUCUACAACAGUUUGAAUGCUUCUUGUUCUCCCAGUUUAGUUGACACUGCAUGUGAAGAAAGCAGUCCAAACUACUUGAAAUUACCCCCCAAAAGUAGAUCACCCAGUAGGGCUCCAAUUGGAACUCCAUCUGCAGCAAUUGACGGGACUAGUAAUGCUAGUCCUGGGAUUUCUAGCAGGCGUAUAUCAGAUGUUGGCUGUGAAAAUAAUCAGAGUUUGCAGGACACUCUGUCUCCUCAGCUUAAUGAUAGGAAAGGGGCUCUAUCUGAUGGUGAUCAACAACCGAGUAGCCCAAGCUUUUCUGAGAGACAGAAGAAAUGGAAAGAGGAACUGGACCAGGAGCUUGAACGAAAGAGGGAGAUGAUGCGCCAAGCUGGUGUGGGGGGAAAAACUUCGUCACCAAAAGACCGAGCUCUGAAUCGACCAAGAGAAAGAUCAAGGUUCGCAUCCCCGGGCAAGGAUGAUUGAUGAUCCUUGCUGAUUGGUGAUCACCAAGGAAAAGGACCACAUGAUUCGCAUUGUGCACUAACACGUCUUGGGAAGAUUUUUCAAGUUUACACAUAUGGUGUGCAGCUCAGUACCACACCCACUUUCCCUGGCAACCUCCAACGCUAUACAGCUUCUCAUUUCAUGUGCUUGCCCUUGUAUGUUGUUUGAAAGGCCAAGCUGUUGUAGUUUUAUUGUGCUUUACACCAAAAGUAUGGCUGGAAAUACACUUCUUUUUCUUCUUCCAUACUUGAGAGGCUUUUGAUAUGGAUGGCAAUUGAAGCUUCAUCUUUGUCUAGAAUGAUGCAUUGAGAGAAGAAAUGUCAGGUUGAAUACAGGGUAAAGGUUUUAUCUGUUAUAAUAUAAUUCAUUAUUCUAUAAAA